CAAGCCAACGGCCAGCGGGUCCCGUUGCUGACCAAUGACAAGCUCGGCUCCGAGCUCCGAAUGCGCGGGCGUAAACUUGAUGUCAUCGCCGAAGCUCUCCACUUCCAAAGACUUCCACCGGACCGAGUCUAUUCGAAAUCAAAGAAGCCUACCUUUGACAGAACCCGUCUCUGUCCUAAUCACUCUCAAUUGAUUCGACUUCAAACAACCACAGUCCAAUAAUAAUCAACAUUAACAAUGGCGUCUCUCAUCCGUACAACACCCGCCGUCCGUGGAGCUCUUCGCUCGCGCGCUUUCAAGCCUGCUGCCAUGGCCAGCACCAGCUUUGUCCGCGGCAAGGCCACACUCCCCGACCUGAAGUACGACUACGGCGCGCUCGAGCCCUACAUCUCGGCCGAGAUCAUGGAGCUCCACCACUCCAAGCACCACAACACGUACGUGCAGGGCUACAACAGCGCCGUGCAGGCCAUCGCCGAGGCGCCCACGCCCCAGGCCGCCGCCGCCGUCGCCCCGCUCCUCAACUUCCACGGCGGCGGCCACGUCAACCACUCGCUGUUCUGGGAGAACCUGGCCCCCGCCUCGCGCGAGGGCGGCGGCGAGCCCGACGGCAAGCUCAGGGCCGGCAUCGACGCCACCUUUGGCUCGUUUGAGACCUUCACCAAGCAGAUGAACACGACGCUGGCCGGCAUCCAGGGCAGCGGCUGGGCCUGGCUGGCCAAGGACAAGACCACCGGCGCCCUGUCCAUCGUCACCAGGGCGAACCAGGACCCCGUCGCGGGCAACCUGGCCCCGCUGCUGGGUAUCGAUGCUUGGGAGCACGCCUACUACCUGCAGUACCAGAACCGCAAGGCCGAGUACUUCUCUGCCAUCUGGAACGUCAUCAACUGGAAGACUGUUGGCAACAGGUUUGACAAGUCUUGAGAGGUGUGGGAGAGGAAGCUCUGGUGUAUGGGGAGGAAGUAGCUUGUUUGGUCUUUGUGAGGCCGUGUAGUAUGUUGCCGUUGUUACGAUAUGCAAGACUACCAAAUGCAAUUAACUCGUGGUGUAUCAUAAUGCGUCUUUCUAUCAUGACGUUUAAUGUCGUACAACAAUGCACAAGCCAUCAGAUUGCAUUUCAGCCCCAAAUACCAAUAAAAAGUAAAAAUCAUUAGUCUUAAAACCAUAACCAUACCCCUCAAAUACACCAAAAAGCUACGAAAAUUAUUACAAAUCCUCAAUCUCAAACCUGA